CAAGAUUCCUCAACAACAAAACAUAAUCUUUUGCGUAUACGUCAUUGACAUCUACAUCCAACCCUUUUGAUACCUAACUUCCUAAUACUCCCCUCCCGAAACCCGAGACUGAUUUUCAUUUCCGGUGCAUCUUGAAUGGCGGAUCAAGAGGUCGUCGCCGCUGCUGCACCCGGCACCGUCCCCUCCGAUCAUAAGCGGAAGCUUGAAGAUAUCGAGCCCCAAGACCAACCUGUCGACAUGCCUCUUGGUUCUGAUGCGGAGGACAAUGAUGUAGCGGCAUCUGGUUUGUCCGAGGCGAAGCGGACUAGGCUGGUCGAUGGUGAAACCGACGGCUUCGCUAAUGAGAAGGGAUUUGAAGCUGAGAAGUUGGAAGAACCUGCAAAGCAGGAAGAGGAGUCCUUCCUGCAAAAUGAGGUUAAAAAGCAAUCAGAGGAUGGCGAUGCUCCAACAGAGGGGGCUCAACCGACCAUAAAACAUAUACCAGUUGAAGGAACAACUGAGGAAACUAAGCAACAAUCUAUAUAUAAUCAUGAGGCUAGUGAUGCCGAGUUAGGUAAAGUUGAGAGUUUUGAGGCGUAUAAUGGUCAUGAACCACCUAAAGACGAGAGGAAGCAACAAUUUACAGAUAAUCAUGAGACUACUGAUGGUGACUUAGGUAAAGUUGAGAGUUUUGAAGCAGACAGUGGUCAGGAACAGCCUUCUAAUGAGGUGCCUCAGCAGGAUGGUGAUGAUGGUUCAACUAUUACCUGCAAAAUGGAGGUUCCUAAUGCUAAGGUUGGUGUUCUCAUUGGAAAAGCAGGGGAUACUAUAAGGUACCUGCAAUAUAACUCAGGUGCAAAAAUUCAAAUUACAAAGGAUGCAGAUGCUGAUCGUGAUGCCCCAACAAGGCCUGUAGAAAUAAUAGGGAGUUUGACUAGUAUCAUAAAAGCUGAGACGCUUAUAAAUGCUGUCAUAGCAGAGGCCGACGCUGGGGGUUCCCCCUCCCUUGUAGCUAGGGGCCUCGCCACCACACAGGCAGCUGGAGCUGCUGAUCAGAUUGAAAUGCAAGUACCAAAUGAGAAGGUUGGCUUUAUCAUUGGUAGAGGUGGGGAAACUAUCAGAGGACUGCAGACUAGGUCAGGGGCUCGCAUUCAGUUGAUACCCCAACAUCUUCCAGAAGGGGAUGAAUCAAAAGAAAGGAUAGUUAGAGUGACUGGUGAUAAGAGGCAAAUUGAGAUUGCCAGAGAAAUGAUAAAAGAUGUCAUGAAUCAGAAUGCCAGGUCAUCAUCUCUUUCUGGUGGUUUUAAUCAGCAGGGCAAUCGACCUCGGGGAACCACUGGUCCACCUCAGUGGGGUUCCCACAGCCGUACUGCCCAGACGUCAUCAUAUGAUUUUCAGCAAAGGAGACCAUAUCCAUCUCAAAACUCACAUUAUCAACCUCCUUAUGCUGGCCACCCUCCUCAUCAAAUGGCUCCAAGAAGCAAUUUUGGCUCUAGCUGGGAGCAGAGGCCUAAUAGCUUGCAGGGACCUCCACAUAGUGGAGGUUAUGAUUACUAUAGUAGGCAAGUGUCCCACCCCACAUUGGCUUCAAUUCGUGGGCAUGGACCUGGGCCAACACCUGCUCCAGCUAUGGGGCUAGUGUCAUCUCAAUCAAAUUAUAACUAUGGACAGCCUCAUGGUCCAUCAGACUAUGCACAUCCGCCACCAUAUUCACAUACUGCUCCCCAGCAUAGCUAUGGACAUGGAUAUGGGGAGAAGUUUGAAAAUCAUACCCCAGUUCAUCAUCCUUACGGAGGACAUGGAUCUUCUCAGCCAGGUUAUGCACCGCCAGGUCCUCAACCUGCGUAUGGCCCUCCCCAGCAGCAGUAUGUUAGGACACCAUCUGCAAUGCAGCCACAAGGACCCCAAGCAUAUGGUCCUCCAGCUAAUCAACCUGGAGAAGUUCCAUAUCAAGGUCCAAGCGGCCAGUCAUAUGGUCCUAAUGUGCCCCCUCAGCUGCAAUACCCAUAUGCAAGUGGGCCCAUGCAACAAAGUUAUCCUCCAUAUGCCUCUGCACCACCCAGUGACUGGUAUAAUCAGACUCCACCAGUGACCAGCCAGUUAUAUUCACAACAAGGCAGCCAUCCUGUUCCUGGUUACAGUCAGCCUUCUGCUCAGCAAGCAGCUGUCUAUGCGCAACCAAAUACUGCUUCUGGGUACAGCCAAUAUCCACCCUCACAGCAGGUUUAUUCUGAACAAACAGCUCCAAACAACGCAGCUUAUGGUUUUCAAGGUACACAGGAUCCUAGUUAUGGUGCUGGCGCUGUGACAACAUAUGGUGCAGCACCAGCAGGUGGGCAAGCAACUUACCCUCAGUCAACAGCAGCUCAGGCUACCUAUGAUCAGUCCGGUGGUUAUGCAGCUGCACCAGAUAGUGCACCUGUAGCAUAUUGAAAAACCUUAUCACCACAGCCCAGAUAUCCUCAAGUUUGAUUCGACCCAAAUGUAAGCAGCACCAUGCUGAAGUUAUAAUCCUCUAGUCGUGUUGGUGAUAUAAUGUACGUCAUAUUAAUCUAUCUAGUGAUGUUUACUGUGUUUUGAGGCCUUUUUAGUUCUGCUAGUUACUGCUAGCUUUUUUUUUUAGUUUGACGCAUCAUUCCUUUGGAUAAGAUUUGCCAUUUUAAUUUU